AUGGAGGAGCUGGUCAAUAUUGGUCAGCUAGACUACUUCCCUCAAGGGGAUAACAUCCAUUUGCACGACCAGGCUUCGCAUUUGAAAGGACUCGAGUUUUCCUCGGCCUUUCUUGGCGAAAGCGAUGCCUCGCUUUCGUACCUGACUAGCGAGUCACAUGACCAAAAUAAGGAUCAAGACAUGUUUGAUCUGAUUGAGCAGUUCACCACGAUCUCUGAAGAUUCGUACCAGAAGGACGAUCUGAUGAUGUCUCCGGACAACGAGGUGUUUGAUUUCCCGAUCAUGGAACAUUUUAACGAUUCUGACAUUUCGCUUAAUAUUAGCCCUACUUCUAGCAUUUCUCACGACAACGACUACGUUUACACGACAGAAUCUCCGAACGGAGAACAAACCCCGCUAUUUGUGUCCAUGGACAUUGAAAACCCAGAAACAAUCAAGGCCUGGGAAUCGUCAACGCCGAAAACCCCUGUGCUGAGUUCGCCAGCCGUGACUAUAUCACAGGUAAGGCAGGAUAAUUUGAGUGGAGGUCACUACAAGGGCACCAAGAAGACGAAAUAUUCCGGGUUGCAAACGAUCUUCAACGAAACCGACCCAGACAAGUUGAAUCAUUGGCUCGAUUUGCACUUCAACCCUUACAUCCAACCAAACGGAAUCACUUUCAACUAUUUCCGUAAAGUUUCAAACGAGGACGAGUACAUUUACAAACGGAACCCAAAAGCUGAGUUUUUUCUUCCGCCCAGGUACUCGAGCUCGAAUGCCAAUUAUUACGAGCCACUGGUGGUGAGAUACAAGAAAUCGCAUCAAGAACGAGGACAAGGAGACGGAGAAGGACUGUGUCCUUACUGUAAGUCUGACGACAUCAACGAUCUCUUCUUUGAAAGAAAGGAUUCCAACUAUCUGCACCAUGUGACGAAGCUACACGGGGUGUACUCUAAUGGAAUGGAGAUGCCGUUUCCAAGCCUGAUCGGAGAGGCUCUGGAGAUCAAACGGCUCAAGACCAGAGGACGUACAGAACGAAAAGUGCAUAGCGUCGAGUGCGAGAAAUGCCACGAGACUAUCAAAAUCCAACAGCUGGACUGCGAAAAGGAAGGAAACAAGUUCUUGGCCUAUUUCCGACAUAUGCUUGUCCACAACGAGAAAAAGAACGCUGGUAAACGCAACACCAAAAUUAGUUUGUCUUCCUUUUAA